ACGCAAAAAAUAUGACAAGUAACGGACACCUGCAGAAACACCGGGACAGAUCGAGCUCUCGCCGAGCGACGGACAGACCUGCCCGGUCUGCUCCUCACCGGCCUCUUCGUGGCUCCCUGCUCAUCGAACAUCGUCCAUCGAUCCCAGGUCCCGGAUCAAUUACGUUUCAUGUCCGCCACCGUGGACCAGAACCCGAACGGCCUUUGGCGGGAUCAGAGGAACCUGAUCAACGAAUGAUGACAUCAGCGCGCCACAGUCUCGAUCCUCGCCGCGUGAGCUGAUCGAUCUUUGAACAGUGCUCCCAUUUGUGUCCAAGAUGCUACCAGCCUCCAUUCAGAUCACGGGGGAGCUGCUGUCAGCGGCUGAGGUUCAGGACAUCUGUGAGAGCCUGAAAGAGGACAGUGUCCGGCUGCUGUCCGUCCGCGGCUGCCAGCUCUCUGACCGUGACUUUGGUCGCGUCUGCCGCAGCGUCGCUGAGUCACGCUCGCUGGCUCAGCUCAACCUCAACCUGGGCGUCGUCUCCAGCAUUAGUCGGACCCGACACCUGGCUGACGCCCUGAAGACCAAUCGAUCCCUGCAGACUCUGUUUCUCCAUGGCAGUCCGCUGCUAGAUGCUGGCCUGGUGACCCUGAACUCAGCCCUGUCAACCCACCCAGCACUGAUCUGUCUGGACCUGGGGGACUGCAUGCUGGGAGAUGAGGCCCUGGGUCUGAUCUGUGGGAUGCUGCCACCUGAUGGAGCAAAGUCGGGUCUAAGGGAGCUGACUCUCAGCGCUAACCCAGGGAUCAGCUCCAAAGGCUGGGCUCGUCUUACCAUUGCUGUUGCUCACAGCUCACAGCUCCGAGUUCUGAACUUGGACUACAACCCACUGGGUGACCAGAUUGCAGGGAUGUUGGCAGUGUCCGUGGCCUCCAGUAGAACCCUGGAGGUGCUGGACCUGGAAGGAACCGGUCUGACCAACCAGUCAGCACAGGUGUUCUUGGACAUGGUGGAAAACUACCCGACCACUCUACGGGUUCUGGUUCUGGCAGAGAACAACAUCAGUCCUGAUCUCCAGCAGCAGAUCUGUGAUUUGCUGUCUGAAGGGGAGGAGGAUGAUGACAGAGAGGCUCCACCCCUGCAGCCAACCCCCGCCCUCAACUGCGCCCUUCUGCCAAUCAGAGACAAGUAUCUGCCCACGAGAGACAAGUACCAGGCAAUCACAGACAAGUACCAGAACCCCAUCUGGAUCUCACACAGCAACUCCAGCCCCCAGAUGGUUUUGCUGACAUCAGGUCUAGGUGAGAGCUUGUUGGCUGAGACCGAAAUGUGAACCCUGUCACAAAUACACACACUCUUUGUUACGCUGUGCUCACUUAGUUCAACUUGAUUCACAUUUACUUCUGGUUUUGAAUGUAUUUGUCUCUCUGCACUGCACAUCUUUGGGUUGUUGGAUCAUGUGAUUGCUAGCAGCCAAUCACAUGCACCACAUGGUUUGACGUAGCACCUGCACAGAAACUAAAACAGAGCAAGUAGUGGCACAAAACCUCAACACCCCAAGUGACUUACAGGCGGGCAUGUGUUAAGUACCCCAUGGAAUCAUUUAUGGCAGGAUUUAAAGCUGUAAUUAAUGGUUAACAAAUACUUUACUGAGGAUUCAAUAAAAGCGCUCUAAUGUAGUUUUAUCAGUUACCAAUCCAGCAUCUAAACCUACUUAGUAAUGGCUGAUAAACAUAGUCAGUAAUUAUUGCUUAACCAUUAAUAUCGGUACACAACCCCUUUUAUACAGUAAAUGUAUGAAUGUGUUUCUGAUGAUUGUACUGCACCUGUUUUUAUGUUUGCUCUUGUGUCAUAAUAAUAAAACUGUUUUCAGCUCCGAUGAA